AUGUAACUGCAACCUACACGCACGCAAGUGUCGUUUUAACAUGGAGCUUUACAAACUGUCGGGGAGAAAGAGCGGUGGGGUUUGCCUGAAAUGUCGCCACAACACAGACGGGAGAUACUGUCACUACUGUAAGGAAGGAUUCUAUAGGGAUCAGUCUAAACCUAUCACACACAGGAAAGUUUGCAAAGCUCUCUCUGAAGCUCCUGACGACUUGACAACUUUUCCUGAUUUACUCUCAGAUGCUUCACAAGCAUGUGAUUGUCAUCCCAUCGGAUCCCUUGGUAGUGUGUGUAACCAGACCACCGGUCAAUGCCCCUGUAAAGAUGGCGUAACGGGUCUGACGUGUAACAGGUGUGCAUUAGGUUACCAGCAGAGUCGCUCCCCGGUCGCACCGUGUAUAAGAAUCAAAGAACACCCUCGAAUAACAAGCCAGCCUCAAGAACAGCGAGAUGAAGCUGCAACUUCACAAACAACAGAUGAUGACUGUCCUAGAAAUUGUGCGGGAUCAACAAGAAAAAUUAGUCAAAAUAAAUACUGCAAAAAAGAUUAUGUUCUCCAUGCGCACGUAUUAUCGCGAGAGAUGGAGGACGAGUGGGUCAAAUUCACAGUCAACAUCGUCACCGUCUACAAGCGAGGCGACCAACGAAUCCGACGAGGAAACACCUUCAUUUACGUUCGACAACGAGACCUGACCUGUAAAUGCCCCAAGAUACGACUCCGACAUCGUUACCUGAUACUCGGCGACGAGGACGAGUCAUCGUCGAAACGGGACGGCAUCGUCGUCGACAACAAGAGCAUCGUCCUGAAAUGGAGGGACGAGUGGGACAUGAGGAUGCGGAAAUUCCAGCGAGAACAGAGACGAAAUCAGUGCUAGGUUAGGCAUGGUAGUGUAAUCUUGUUAACGACGAGAAAAGGAAUGAGAGACUCGACUUGUUUUUAAUGUUGUCUAUAAUUCAAUCCACGAAAAGAACAUGGAACGAAGGCGUCAUGUAAACGGUACUCGAUAUUAUAGGCCGUACGGAUGGGGAAAAUGGAAUCCUGAAUGAAGCCGAGAUAGCUUGGAGCUCAGUCAACAGAUGACAAGAGACGAAUUAGUGAGAGAUCAACUACUGAUACGGUCGAAUAAUUGCCUAGCUGCGAUCAGGAGAAGUAAUCGCAGCUAUACCAGACCCUUGAAGACAUCAUGAAACUGAACUUACGGCCUACCUUGAGAGCUAAAGGUUUAAGAAGUUGGACUGUUUUAAAUGGCGUAGAUAACAAGAGACCGGGAUAUGUCUAAGCCAAAGUGUAUUCAAAUAAGUUACCUAUUGAUCAACGCUUUAUUGGUAUUUGAAUUUUGCAGAUGUUCCAUAGUGAUUAUCGAAUCUACGCUCUUGUCCCAUUGGUGUCGAUGUGUGAGGGCAUUACUUAUUUGCUAAACAAAAGCUUCCACGGGCGUUUUGAUUAAACACGAAACGGAAUAUAUUUGGUCUAUUAUUAUUGAAGGUUUUUAUUUAUUGAAUUUUCUCAAUUUUGCGAGAGAAUGGUGAACAGGUACAAUUCAUUUUGACGCCACUCCAGAUGAAAGGCACGUGUUUCAAUGAAUGGCAAAGUUGCAGACAUCAUCUCAAUGGGCGUGACUUGAUAGAAGUUGUCAAAACUGAUUCUAGGAAUUGAAAGUGAUAAUUUAUGGUAAUUAUGUGAAGAAAAGACUGCAAUGAUGGCGACCGACAGCUUAAUCAUUACAAUUUUGCACAAAAGUAUCAUUGCGAUUGCUUGAUCAACACACAAAGUACACAUCCCGAUCUAUAAGAUGCCGUGCAAUUGUCAUGCCAAUGGCGAAAUGGCGCCACGUUGACGAAGAGUGGUGAAUGGCGCGCGCGCAUGCGUAGUAAAUGCUAAGAGCAAGCUCAUGAAAAGGGACAGUAGAGCCACGAUCUCAUGGGUUCGGCGCGUUAAGUCCCAAAAAAGAUAUACAUGUGAUUUAAAGGCUGAAUAUUUCGUGCCAUAUUAAUUGUGUAUUAUCCGUCUUCAGUUUGUUAUUUAUAUUUCACAUUGUACAUAAACAUUAAGAUAGAUACCAUUUUCGUGGAUGCAAACAGCAUAUUUGUAAACAGAAUUGUUCAUACGUGGAUGUUAUCAUAUCGAAACAUUAUUAUUCACUAUGCGAUUAUUAAUUGUUUCGUAUUAAGCACUAUAAAAUAUUUUCUCAUUCAAAUAAAUAUAUUCCUCAAACAGUUUUUACUCCUUUGUAGGAAAUUGAAAAAUAGAGGAUUGAUGUUCACCGUAUCAUCUAUUUCUCCCAUAAUAAUUAUAUUUUUCACAAAGUUUCAACAAUUACUUGGUAAAAUGAUACGUAUAUUGAUGUAUAUUUCUUUCUACUUUUCGAAAUUUUAUUGAAUGUUAGUCGUUUUAAUCCUGCGAGCCAUUUAUUCUCCUACCUUCAAACGUUCAAAGCUUAUUUGUCUUAUUUUGUUUUUUAGGGUAUUGAUACUACCUAAAUCGUUUGUGUUUCGGUUCAUGUCUCUAUUGUAAUGUAUUCUUAUUGCUCAACAAAAGUGAUGUAUUCUCUAUGGUAUAUGUAAAUACUUUAUUUAAUGAUAUGAUAUUAGAUUAAAUGAUGAACUGUAUAAAGU